AUGUCCACUUUAUAGUAUAUGAAGGAGAUAAUUUCUAAAUAGAUUACGACUCUGUCAAAUCCAAAUGGGGAAGAUAAAAAGACUUUGGAAUCUGAACCAUACCAUAAUUUGCAAAAGUCAAGUGUAUUGCUAGAAUCCAGGUGUUUCAAUGAUCCUCAAUUGUAGGAUAAGAAAUGCAGAUAAAUACUAUCCAAAUUGAUAUAUCUGAUCAAUCAAGGAGAGAAAUUCAACGAUCAAGAAUCUUUGAGUUUAUUUUUUGGAAUCACUAAAUUGUUUUCAUCUAACAACGUGGAUCUCAGAAGAAUGAUCUAUUUGAUGAUUAAGGAAUUCAAAGAUGAGAAUUCUAUGUAUGUAGUCAUUAGUUGUUUGGCCAAAGACAUUACUUCUAAGAAUGAUCUAUUUAGAAUUAAUGCCUUAAGAACACUUCCUUAUGUCCUUGACUAAUCCAAUCUGGUGUAGCUGGAUAGAUAUUUAAAAAAUGCAAUCCUUGAAAAGAGUUAGCCAAUCUCAAGUGCUGCUUUAAUAGCUGGUUUGUAGAUUUUCAGAAUAAGUCCUGAUUUCAUUAGGAAGUGGACCAAUGAAGUUGCUGACAGACUCAAUUCCAAAUACCCAUAAAACAGUUUCCAUGCACUUUUGUUACUUCAUGAAAUCAAAAGCAAUGACAAAGUCACCUUCACCAAAAUCCUUACUGGAUUAACCAAAGAAACUCUUGUUCCAAUUGCCAACAUGCAAGUUAUUCGAUUCAUAAAAGAAAUCCUCAACACUGACGAUUUAGAUUAGCAAUAUGAAAAAUUAUUCAUAGAAUAUCUCCUAAGACAAAUACACAAGUCUCAAGAAAUUGUCAUUUUUGAAGCUUGUAAAGCAUUAUGCGAUUUGAAAUCACUCUCCAACAAGGAUCUUUAACCAAUGGUUUAGGUUGUGAUUGUCUUCUUGCAAUCAAGCAAUGUGAUCAAUAAGUUUGUGGCCCUCAAAAUUUUAAAUAGAUUAAUUUCAAAUCCUAUCAGAAGAUCCCUCAUCACACCCUCACAAAUUGAACCAUUCAUCUAGGAUUCCAAUAAAUCCUUGUCAUCAUUGGCUGUUUCCAUAUUAUUAAAGGUCUGCUAAGAAGGCAACAUCGAGAAAAUCUUAGUUUAGAUAUUUGAAUACUUAAAUGAAAUGAGUGAUGAAUUCAAAAUUGAUGUCAUCAGAAGUAUCAAAGCGCUAGUAAAGAGUUCCCCUACCAAAUGGAAAUCUAUUAUUAAUUUCCUUAAAUUAACUUUCAAAUGUGAUGCCUCAUAAGAGUUUAAAAAAUAUUCAAUCGAAAUCUUUGAACUCAUUAUUCACGAGAUCCCUGAAGCAAAAGAACAUGCUAUCUUGACUUUAGCAGAUUAUAUUGAGGAUUGCUAACAUGCUUCUAUACAAUUAAGUGUAUUGAGCAUCCUCAAUAGAGAAGCUGCAAAGAAAUAAUGUCCAACUAGAGCUAUUAGAAUUGUAAAUAAUAGACUCUAUCUUGAAGAUGCUGAAAUUAGAGCUGCUGCAGUUGGUGUACUUGGUAAAUUCCUCCUUCACUAUCCUAAUGAAAAGGAUAACCUUCUUGAAUUAUUAUCAGCAGCUGCCUAUGAUCCCGAUGAGGAAGUCAGAAAUCGCUCUCAAUUCUAUAUUAAUGAAUCAGCAGCACCAAAAGAAGAAAAUCCUCCUUUGUCAAUAGAAGAAUUAGAUGCAAUCGAAGCCUAUUUGUAAUAAAACAUAUAGGAAAUCUAACAAUCUAAUGAAGAGGUACUAUAAUUAGAAAAGAUUAUGGCUUAUGCUGAAUAAAACAAGGGAAAGAUUAAGAAGACUGAGGUGUUAUAAGAAUUAGUGGAAGAGGAAUUGAUAUAAACUCAUGAAUCUGAAUCUGGAUUUGAAACAUACAAGAAAUUAUUCAAGGAAAGCACAAUCUUUUGUGAUUAUGGAGUAUUAAGAAAAUCAUCAAGAGCAUAAAAUUUGACUGAUUCUAAAUGUGAAUAUUUAGUAACAGUGGUCAAACACUUUUUUGAUAAUCACAUAAUAUUGGAGUAUAAGGUAAAGAACACAUUAGACAAUGUCACAUUGAAUGAUGUCUCUUUGGAAUUAACAAUAAAGAAUGUCAAUCUACAAUUUGAAAGAAUUGUGCCAGCAAAAUAAAUUCAACCGCAAUGUGCAUCCAAUAUCUUAGUUGGAUUGCAAUUCAAUCCAAAUUUGAGAUUAGUGUCUUCUAACAUUCAAAGCAUAUUGACAUUUACAGUGAAUGAAAAUGGAACCACUUAUUAAGACGAAUACUAGACUGAAGACUUCACCAUCACUUACAGUGACUUCUUCUUGCCUAUAUAAUGGUUUAAAAAAUUCCAAACUGAAUGGGAAUCUCUUAAAUCACAAGAAAUGUCUGCUACAUAUUAGUUGGAUUAUAAGAAUACUGAUAUAGCAAUAAAGGAAUUAGUGAAACAUUUCGGAUUUUUAGUUUGUGACAAUUCUGACUAAAUAUAGCCUUAAAAUAAGUUUCAUACUUUAUUACUGUCAGGCUAAUAUUUGGAUGCAAAGAAUGCAUUAGUGAUUUGUUAGAUAGGAUUUCAAUAGAAUAUUGGAUGUGUAUUAAAAAUAAAGUGUAAAUCUGAAGAUGACAAUUUAAGUACCAACAUUGUAGAAACACUUGGUUGA